GUGUGUGUGUGUGUGUACGUUGCCAUGGCUACUGGCCAGCGUGACUGGCGUCAUCACUUCAAAUCCACCUUCACAGUGAGCUGCGAGAGAAAAGGACUCAAAGCAGCACCUCUCUGUUCAACACUUGCGCUCACACACACACACACACACACACACACUGUGUGGUCUCAUGUUCUGCUGAGCUCACCCCAUUCAUUCAGCAGUCCAGUAAAAGAGGAGAGGAAAGGAAGAGCAGAAGAGGAAAAGAGACAGGAGAAGAAAGGGAAAAAAAGACAGAAAGACAAAGAGAAAGACGGGGAUGAAGGCAGGGACAGAGGAAACGACAGAGCAACAGUGAAGCGUGCACAGCCUACAGAUCGGACCGUCUGACUAAGUAUCUGACUGACUGGCUAGCCGGCCGACGGGCUGGCUGACUGACCGUCUGGCUGACUGACUAGAUGGUGUCAUUACCUGGAGAGAAAAAAAAUGAUCGCCAACUAGUUCACCUUCCACCUCCAUCCUCUUCCUGUCAUCACAUCCAAGCGGGAGUCGAGCCGAACGACUGAUUCCGUCAACCGACAUGGCCGACAACUGGUGGUUGCCACGGGAGACAGGAUUUUGAACUGAUCAUGUGAUCUGACUUCCUUCCCGUACCCUGAGACCUUUCAUAGGGGCGUCAUGACCAGACGACUCAGCAGCUCCAACCGUUCCCACACGGAGGACUCCGUGUUCCUGAAGCCGGACGAGGAGCCCACGUGGCUGGACGACCCCCCGAGGAUGGGCAACAACCUCUCUCGGGCAGGGAACGCCGCCCCAGCGAGCUCCAUCCCGGGCGACGGCGACGGGCCCGCGGGGCCCCGGAGAGUCGUGGGAGACGCGGGGGACCUGUGGAGGGACAGGCUUUACGCCGCGGUCAUGGGGAUUCACUGGUGUGCCGUGUUCUGCACCCUCUCCCAAAUCACGGGUUAUUGGGUCUUUUUCAUGGUGGACGGUAACGGGCUUUUCUCUGCCUUCUACAAAGCCUUGCAGCUCUUAGACACUUACCUGGGCGUCCAUCUGUCUUUCAACCCUGUGUUUGGAGUGGACUCCCUCCGUGUCGUGGCGGAAGUGGAGAAGACCAACAACUACUGGGUCCUCCAGGCCACCGUAGGCAUCGGCGUGGCCAUCGUUGUCUUCAUGAUCGUCCGUAUUGCGUGUGAACUGGGCCGCUGGGAGGCGUGGCGGUCCUCGGCAGCAGUGACCGACCACGGGGACAGACGUCAGUCGGUGAGUCGCCAGCCUUCCUUCACGCUGUCAGAGUGGACGGACGCCCAGGAGGACCUGAUGGACCUGGAGGUGGAACCCCAAACACCCGUCCUGGACCUGGGCCUGGAGACCCGGACAGAAGGGGACAGCACCACCCUUUCCGUCACACCUGUGGGCCUGCAGGAGAGGAGGGGCUCCAAUGUGUCCCUGACCCUGGACAUGUGUUCUCCUGGCUGUACGGAGCCAUAUGGUUACGGGGCCCAGCUCUCGCCCCGAGACCACACCGCUAAAGAGUACCUAAGGGAGGGAACCAACUGCCUCACCCCGGCCCAGCUUCACACACGGGCUAUGGACCACCAGGCCCUACAAGCUGAGUUUUAUGAAACUCCCAUGAACUUUGUGGACCCAAAGGAAUACAACUAUCCGGGCCUUGUGAGGAAAAACCGCUACAAGACUAUCUUACCCAACAGACACAGCCGAGUGGUCCUCCAGACGGCGGAUGAAGAUGACUUCCUCAGUACCUAUAUCAACGCUAACUACCUGCAGGGCUACGGGGGCGAGGAGCGGUCGUACAUCGCCACCCAGGGUCCCACGGUGAACACGGUCGGGGACUUCUGGAGGAUGGUCUGGCAGGAACGCUGUCCCAUUAUUGUCAUGAUCACCAACCUAGAGGAGAAGAAUGAGAAAUGUGCUGAGUACUGGCCUGAAGACUCUGUGACACACGAGGGCAUCCAGAUCACCGUCGUCACGGUAACCCAGGAGGACGACUACAGCCUGAGGUGUUUCACGCUGAAGUGUGAGGGAGAAGAACGCAGCCUCAGGCAGUACUGGUACACCUCUUGGCCUGACCAGAAGACCCCUGACAAAGCCCCGCCCCUUCUGGAGCUGGUACAGAAAGUGGAGCAGGCCAGAGAAGAGGCUUCGCCCACCAGUGGCCCUGUAAUCGUCCACUGCAGCGCUGGUAUAGGUCGGACUGGCUGUUUCAUUGCCACUUCCAUCCUGUGUAGACAACUGAGGAGUGAGGGUGUGGUCGAUAUCCUGAAGACUACCUGUCAGCUCCGCCUUGACAGAGGCGGGAUGAUCCAGACAGCUGAGCAGUACCAGUUUGUUCACCACGUCCUCAGUCUGUACGAGAAGCAGCUAUCCCGCCAAUCGGAGGAGUAAAGACACCCAACUCUGUACCAACCAUACCUCCAUCUUAACAUCACCCUUUAACACAACCACAAACACUGCAUAGACAACAACACACUGUCAGCCAAACGGCUUCCAUUUCAGAGGCCCACAUACCAGAAUCCCAAUAUUACAUUAUCUUAAUCCUGCCAGAAAUUAUUUUUAAAGGUCCAAUGCAGCGGUUUAUUCAUGUAAGAUUUAUAGAUUUUAUCUUAGAAGUGAAUUAUUUCUGGCUAACAAAUAAGUAGUAUACUAUAACUAAAGGGUCAAAGGAGAAACCAAAAUUGCUUCCUAAGCAACAAUCUAUUUCUCCAGUAAUACUUUUUCUACAACAAACUGGGGCCUAAUUGGAGUAUCUAAGAACUACUGGCAGUGAAGUUUCUUUCUAAAAAUAUAUUUUGUCUAAUCUCUUUAAUGACCGUGGGGAAAGAUAGAGGAAAGUUUUUGCUGAAAGAACAACGGGCGUGUUUUAACCCAUGACGCAGCAGUACAUCCGACAUGGGUCUGUUCACGUUCUACCGCCUGGUGACGCUGCCACACCCAUCCCAAACAGACUGACAUCUUUUCAAACGCUCUCAUUAAACAUAAUUAACGGAAUUUACACAAUUUCGCAGUAUUAUUCCAACCUCACAAUGUAGAAAUAUUUGCAAAAAAAAUCAUGUUUUUGACAGCACUGGGCCUUUAAGUUAAAUACUGUUAUAAAUUAAUACAAAGCUAUACUUAUAUGCUUUCGCAAAUGAUGCUCUAAAAGAAAUGUAAACCACCAGCUAGCUUUUCCCGUCCUAUCAGCAAAUACGUAAAAAAAACUAAUUUUCAAACGUCUUGUUUUUAUGUAAAAAAAUAAACUGUAAUGCAGGCCUUUCGAACUCCUGAUGUUUUCAGGAGCCACCUCGUCUUCAGGUUGCAUGGUGCUACGCGUUCGUUACCAUUGACCAAGGCAUGUACCAUAGAACUCAAUGGAACCAUAGAGGAAUGUAACCAUUAGGUGACUAGACAUUGUGUGCAGUCUCAACAGUAUUUCCAUGCUUAAAGUAUGUGCAGUCCGUUGGUCAUAAUAAUGACCUCCAUAGUGUUCACUGUCUGAAAUACAUCAUAGCCUCAUCGACUUCCAAGCAGAGUUGUCAAUUUGACCGAUGACACUGAGGGUGGGUGCGUCUCUACUCCUAGGUCUAAUGGGUAAUGACGUCACACACAUAUCCAGAGAUAGUAGAAGAGACAUAGGCGCAGGUUUACUAGUAAGAAAAGCACCUGCGACUUGUUGGAGGGAGAAUAUGCUACUAGCCUGUGGGUCGGUCUGUUUCUGCUUGUUUGCCAGCUUGUCAUAUACUUGUCACGCUUUGACAAUGGUGUCCGCGAACAAACACAUACAAAUCUGACACCAGUCUAGAUGUAAAACAUGAAAGUGCACAAAUGUAAUUUAGAAACAAAAUCUCAACCCUAUUUGAUGGUUUCCUUCUGAUAAAUGCCUCUGAUAAAACGAUGCAGGUGAAUGCUAGGCAAUCCGCCUCCCUCUCCGUGGCGUUGAACCAAUGACGACUCUCCUAUCGACAGUAGCCUGAACACAUGCGUGAUGUUAGCAGCCCAUGAUUGUUGUAUAGUAGGGCAAGCCUAAUCCGUAUGAAGCACAAUAAACCAACUAGGGUUUUCUGUGAAGUUCAGUUGUUAAUGUUCUUUUGUGUAUUGUGUUUUGACUGUGUUGAUUUAAAUGGUUUUGCAUGUGCUGUACGGGACUUUACUAAGUCCGCAAUCAAAGCGAAGUAAUUGGUCGUCCAGCUUUGCGUCGUAAAGGUUUCUCCUAUUAUCUUGCUUGCUCUCUGUCAAUGCUUUUGAUACUGUUUGCUUUUGUGAAACCAACCAGAGAUAUUUUUAGAACAUUUUGAUACAAUCCUUUCGAGUAGAUGCCUUGUGUAUAUUUCCAUUUCCACCACAAAGGAAUGUAGCUCAUACAGUGGUCAAACCGUUAGUUGAUAUCGCAAGAUUUGACGAACAACAACAAAAGAGUGACAGCUACCUAAGUUACCUUACUGAAUUGUUGAAUAUGUUUUUCUUCUACAGAAUUACUUUGAUGCCUCUAGGCUUUGCUUAUGCUUUGCUUUACAUGUCUAACGAUAUCACCUUAUUUUCUUUACGACUUUCACCUCAGACCCAGUUUUCACACAGUCUACACGUUCCCCAUCUGUGGUUCCAAUUCAAUCAAAUAUAUAGGAAUACCACACAGUCGAUUCACUCUUUGUACCGGCCGGUGCCACUGUUCCUGUGAGGAACAGCUUGCAGCCACGGUUUAAAUGUAGUUAACACCGUAAAUACUUAAAGAGGUAUACUAGGGGUUUUGGCCACUGGUUGUAAAAAUUGCGCUUUUAAGCCAAAACUGUUCCCUGAAAUGUUUACUAUAUCGUUAUGUGCCCCAUGUCAUCAACACCACUCACUUUAAACUUGGAAUUUCAUGGCUAAUUGACGUAUGAUGAAUAGUCUACUAAUAAAUGAUACACAUAUAUAAAUAACGUAUUACAAAUCCUGCCCAAAACCAGAGGUUUAAAAAAUGGUUAUUUUAAAUGUUUCCAGACUGUAUCAUCAUUUUGCCUACAGUGUGGUUGCCCUUAAUGUCUAACUGAUUGCGUUGGUGCCAGACCUGCAUUAAAACAACACACGAAAUAUGAGCUAUAUGUAUGGCAGCUAAACAGUGAUACAGAGUUGUAUGUAAGAAAUCUAACAACUUUCAUCUUGAUUGAAUAACUUGGUCUAUUACAGCGAACAUCACCAGGAGACAAUCUAUACCUUGUGGUUUAAGGGGGAAAGACACAGUUUAAAAUGAGCGUAAUUCAUUUAGAUGGGAAAAAUGCUGAUGUUGGUCAACUAAAACGUUUGAGAAACUUAAAAAUGAAACUAUGAGAUCCUUUUCUGAUAAUGUUCAUUGAGAUUGACCCAACAGCUUUAUUUUGAGUGAUUGUUUUCUGUGCUGACUGGGUCUAAUUCUGGCGAUCAUAGAAGAUGAUGGAAAGUUGGUUGAAAAGACAUUAAAAAGACUUGUCUUUUGGUUGAAAAUCGGUUGAAAAUGUGUCUUUUCCACCAGUUUUGCCCUAUGGGAAACUAUCAGACCUACUCCAACUAACCGGCGAACAGCCUAAUCUCUUGCUCUGCUACAAUUGUAUUGCUUUAAGUUUAAGUGAGAUUUUGCAUCCAAAUAAAAGUAGAUUUUCAUGAA